AAAUUAAUUUCUACUAAAGAUAUUUUCGUUAUUUCUUUAUCAUUUCAAGAUCAAGAUUUUGAAGUUUAAAGAUAGCCGAUCGAUAUGGAUCUUAAUUAUUUGUGAGAGAAUUUGUGAAUAUGUCAAAUCAAGUGUGUUAUUUUAAACGAAUUAGACGUGUAAUCGUCUCUUUUAAUCGAGAUUGAAAUAUGUCAACGAGUUUUUUUUGGAAUUAUGAAGGAAAUUCGACGAUUGUUGUUACGGGUGGUCGGAGCGGUGGUCGUCGGCGCAGCCGUUUGUGGGCGAAUUCCGGGAUUGGCUAAGAGUCAAAGAGAACAGUGCAGAAAGGCGCCACACGCGAUGCCUGCUGUCGGUGAGGGUGCCGAGCUCGGUCUUCGAGAAUGCCGACAUCAGUUUAGACAUCAUCGAUGGAACUGUUCUCACGUUGCCAACGAUCAGAUCUUUGGUCAUGUCGUCGUAGUAGGAAGCAGAGAAGCAGCUUUCACGUACGCGAUAAGCUCGGCUGGAGUUACAUACGCGGUAACCGCAGCUUGCAGUCGCGGCAAUAUCACGGCUUGCGGUUGCGAACCGGCUAUAAGCAGGACGAGAAAGGAAUUACCUCCGAAUGGUUGGGAAUGGGGAGGUUGCAGUGCAGAUGUCACUUAUGGAAUGAGGUUCGCACGUAGGUUCCUAGAUGCAAGAGAGAUCGAAGGCGAUGCCAGAAGCCUGAUGAAUCUUCAUAACAAUAAAGCUGGAAGAAAAAUCGUGAAAGCUCUUCUUCAAACUGAAUGUAAAUGUCACGGUGUAUCUGGUUCCUGUACCGUGAAAACUUGUUGGAGAACAUUGCCCAGUUUUCGUCAGAUCGGUGACGCUCUUAUGAAAAAGUAUUAUCGAGCUAAGGCGGUCGUUGCUAUCACGCCUCCACCACCGCCCACAAUCCAAAGUUCUGAGAGCAUAUCACACUCAACUACAGCAGAAAUAACGCCUAUUCUCGGUAACGAUGCAAAAACUCAAGGGAAACCAAAUGAUUUUAUAAAAUCUCAUCGUGAUCGACAAGCCUCAAAAAAGAUGAACAACGGUGUUAAACCGAGGAGAUCACAUUUGGUAUUAAAAAGAAGUAAAGUUAGUACCGGCGGAAGUAUGAUGGGAUCGAAAAGAAUUCCUAAAAGAAGCGAACUGGUCUUUCUUCAAUCCUCGCCGAAUUAUUGCGAGCCGGAUUUGGCUUUGGGUAGUUUGGGUACACAAGGCAGAUAUUGUAAUCGAACGAGUAAAGGUACCGAUGGAUGUGAUUUGAUGUGUUGUGGUCGUGGUUAUAACACACAUCAAUUUACUAGAACUUGGCAGUGUAGAUGUAAAUUUCAUUGGUGCUGUCAUGUGCAUUGUGACACGUGUACCGAACGUACGGAAGAAUACACUUGCAAAUGAUGUAAAUAUUUACUUUUCGAGAGAACAUUUUCUUUGUGUAAGUGUGUUACAGAAAAAUAUUGAACGAAUAUCGACUGAUCGAUGAUAUUUUUUAUUAUCGUUCAGCUAAUCUCUCUGAUACAUGAUAUAGCCUAAUCAUUGAAAUCCUCGCAAAAAAAAAAAAGUAUACAAGUGAGAUUUACAUGUAUAGGUACAUUAACUAAAUAUUAGUUUAAGAAAAUUUACAAAAAGAUUUACUGAUGAAAUAGAACUUAGUUCUCUAGCAUUAUGUGGUUGUACCUUUUCAAACUCAAUCUUAGAACAAUAUCACAUCAAUUUGUUGCACUAUAAUUGAGCUCAGAAAUGUUGCAUUUCAAAAUGUUAUUAUAUUAGGAAUGAAAAUUAGACAUCUCUCUCUUUCUCUCUUUUUUCUCUUACUCUUAGAUAUGUUGCAUAAAUUAUUAUUUAUUUUUUAUUAUAAAUAGACUAUACUCGUGUGUUGUGUGUUGCUGCGUGUGUAUGAGUGUAAAACUAUAUGUGUACAUACAUUUAUAGUUGAUGUAUUUACCAAUUACUAAAUUUCUCUGCGUAUUUCUGACACACAGACAUUGUUAUAUGAUUUUAUUGAAGCUUUCACCGUGAUUGUAAAACGUCAAGAAAUUCAAUAAACUAAUAAAUCUAAGUAGAAACAUCAGGUAUAUACCAUACGUAAA